UGCAGGGCAAGGAAUAGAGAGCGUGGAAUAACCAAUUCCAACGUUUAUUUCCUCGCAACAGAUUGCUCUUUCUUUUGAACUUAUUUCAUUAUCUGAGAGUGAAUAUAUUGUUCUCUCCGACACAUCGUUAAUUCCUAGCAGUCCUUCCAAAUAUAAUACAAAUUAAUGAUCAGGAAAUAUCCGUCAAGAAUGAGAAUUCUUUUUGGCAGUUAGCACGGUAUGCUAUGAAACAAGACCCUAUAAGCAAACAAUACAACCAAUGCAGUUGCAGCCCUAGCUGUGUAAUGUACUGCACAAGGUAUGCUCGAUUGAAGAUUUUAUGAGAGAAGAAUAUAUUUUUCAAUUAUACACUUUCACAGGCCUUAUAGAUCAAUUUAAAUCAAAAUGAUAUGUCUAUCACCAUGAAGAUAGGUUGCAUUCUGACAACUAGGAGGCCCAAGAUAUUUGCCUUCGGGCUUGGAUUUGCCUUUGGUUUUAUAGUUGUGUUUUCAGUACAUGUGGCCUUCAAUUAUCCAACCAAGUUCAAGCUAAAUCCCAUGUUGAACACAAACAAGCCUCUGGAAGUUAUAUCUUCGUCUGUGGCCAAUAAAGAAGCACAAGAAAUUGUCAAUUCAAGUGAAAACAGAGAUUCUUUCCCUUUGCAUAAUGGUGAAGUUGCUGGUGUGAAGGUCUCCACAAUGAAGAUGGAGGAUAAGCAUUGCAAUAUAUUCUUUGGGAGGUGGGUGAAAGAUGAUUCAUACCCAUUAUACCCUGCAGGCUCAUGCCCUCAUAUAGAUGACUCAUUCAAUUGCUUUAGGAAUAAGAGGCCGGAUGAGGAAUACCAGCACUGGAGAUGGCAGCCAAAUGAUUGCAAUAUUCCAAGGCUGAAUGCAACACAUAUGCUGGAAAUGUUAAGGGACAAGAGAUUGGCAUUUGUGGGUGAUUCACUCAACAGAAACAUGUGGGAAUCUCUCGUUUGCAUUCUUCGUCAUGCUGUUCAGGACAAGAAUCGGGUGUACGAGAUAUCAGGUAGACAGGACUUCAAGAAAGAGGGUUUCUAUGCAUUUAGAUUCGAGGACUACAAUUGCAGCGUAGAAUUUGUGAGAGCACCAUUCCUGGUUCAAGAAUCGGAGAGGGAUGGUGUGAAUGGUAGCAUUAGCACUCUUAGGCUGGAUGUAAUGGAUAGCUUUGCUGCCAAGUACAAGGAAGCACAUGUUCUUGUUUUCAAUACAGGUCAUUGGUGGACCCAUGACAAAACUUCCCAAGGGAAGAACUAUUAUCAAAAAGGAGAUUAUGUUUAUCCUCAGUUGAAUGUGUUGAAGGCUUUUCGAAAAGCUCUCAAAACAUGGGGUCAUUGGGUGGAUAACAACAUUGACCCCAACAAAACUAAAGUUUUCUUUCGUGGGUACUCAGCUUCCCAUUUCAGAGGAGGGCAGUGGAAUUCAGGUGGGCAAUGCCACAAAGAAACCCAACCAAUCUUUAAUGAGACAUAUCUGAUCAAAUACCCAGCAAUGAUGAAUGUGUUGGAGUCUGUAAUACAAGGAGAGAUGAAGACACCAAUAACCUACUUAAACAUCACCAGAAUCACAGAUUACCGCAAGGAUGCCCAUCCUUCCAUCUACACCCAGCAAAACCAAGACCUUUCUCAAGAGGAGCGACUGGCCCAACAUAAGAUUCAAGAUUGCAGCCACUGGUGCUUACCUGGGGUUCCUGAUACAUGGAAUGAGCUUUUAUAUGCUUUCCUCACCUCUCUGCCUCAUGGUUAACAACUUCCAUCCUCGGUAUACCAGAACCUUUAUUUUUGAAACCUGCUCUAAUCACUGUGCCAUUGAUGAGGAUCUUCUUAAUCCUUAUCAAUUAUGCAAGAAGAGCUGCUCCAACAGUUCUGUAAUUCUAACUCUCUUACCUACUAACCAAUCCCCUUAUUCAAUUUUGGCAUUAAAAAUGUAUAAACCCAUAGAGGAAUAUACAUGAUGUCGUUAUUGAUCUUUCAAAUCCUCAAAGGCUAUGAUUUCAAAGCGACAUUCAAUUCUAUGACCUCUUUUUGCCACCCUCAUUAUAAGUAUAUUUUCUUAAAAAGAAAUUAAGGUCACUGUAAUUUAUUCCUGUCAUUCAAAUGGGUGGUUUAUCAAACACAGAUUCUGUUAAUCCUUCGUACAUAUCUUACUGUAGAGAGCCCUUUUGGCAACCUCUUGGUUUGGAGGUAAGCCCAUCUGGUUUGAGGGCAGUUUAUUGUCUAAAUAACUCUCAUGUGAGAGAAGUAAGAAAAGUCAGGCAGUUUGAGGGAAGUUCUCUACGGUCUGAAGGCGGUUUAUGUUAAAAGUUAUCCCAUGUGAAAGAAAAGAAUGGCAGUUUACUGUAACAGUGGGCAAAAGCUUUAGCAUACUUUCCGUGCAUAUGUGAGGAAUAAUGGUUUAUGAUUAUCAUACGAAACUGUUAAGAACAAAAUUUUCCAGAUCCUUCCAAGCAACCCCUCCAUAAACAUCUAAGCCAUUAAUUCUUUAAAUAGAAAAAGAAUAUACGAUGUAUUCUUAAGCACUCAAAUGAGUAAAUCUUUUUCAAACGGAGUAAAUGUUUUGUGGUUUGAUUAUGAGAUUUAGAAGUUUGUCAGGUUCAAAUAAAGGAGGUUUUGG